CGGCCCGUGGAGCUUCAAAAACGUGUGAGGAGAGAAGAGGGUGCAGACGGAGGUUCAGCCGCCAGUGUCCUCGGUGACAGCACCACCCGCCCCGUUGGCACCGUCGUCCUGCCAGAGCCCAGCAGCCGGCAUGUCCUCUGCUCACUUCAACCGAGGUCCCGCCUACGGGCUUUCCGCCGAGGUCAAGAACAAGCUGGCCCAGAAGUACGACCACCAGCGCGAGCAGGAGCUCAGGGAGUGGAUCGAGGGGGUGACCGGGCGCCGCAUCGGGAACAACUUCAUGGACGGCCUCAAGGACGGCAUCAUUCUCUGCGAGUUCAUCAACAAGCUCCAGCCGGGCUCCGUGAAGAAGGUAAACGAGUCGACCCAAAACUGGCACCAGCUCGAGAACAUCGGCAACUUCAUCAAGGCCAUCACCAAGUACGGGGUAAAGCCCCACGACAUCUUCGAGGCCAACGACCUGUUUGAGAACACCAACCACACCCAGGUGCAGUCCACCCUCCUGGCCCUGGCCAGCAUGGCCAAGACGAAAGGGAACAAGGUGAACGUGGGGGUCAAGUACGCAGAGAGGCAGGAGCGCAAGUUCGAGCCUGAGAAGCUCCGGGAAGGGCGGAACAUCAUCGGUCUGCAGAUGGGCACCAACAAGUUCGCCAGCCAGCAGGGCAUGACAGCCUACGGCACCCGGCGCCACCUCUACGACCCCAAGCUGGGCACGGACCAACCCCUGGACCAGGCCACCAUCAGCCUGCAGAUGGGCACUAACAAGGGGGCCAGCCAGGCUGGCAUGACGGCGCCGGGGACCAAGCGGCAGAUCUUCGAGCCGGGGCUGGGCAUGGAGCACUGUGACACGCUCAACGUCAGCCUGCAGAUGGGCAGCAACAAGGGGGCCUCGCAGCGGGGCAUGACGGUGUAUGGGCUGCCGCGCCAGGUCUACGACCCCAAGUACUGCCUGACGCCCGACGAGCUGGAGCUGGGCGGGCCGGCCCACAACCACCACCCGCACAACUACUACAACUCCGCCUAGGGCCGCAGAGCCCAGGAGGCUGGCUGCUGCUCCCAGCCCCUCUCCCUGCAUGGCACCCUCCGGCCCCGGCACCUGCCUACAGGGUUAGAGUUUGGGGAGCACUGACUGGGGCGCCUGGAGGGGGAAGGGGGCCCUUGGCCCUGCAGUACUGCAGGGUACGACAUAGAGCCUGGUGUCCCCAACGGGCCCUGGUGACGCACUGAGCAAAGCUAUUCCGGCUGUCCCCCGACUCCCUCACCAGUGGGUACCCCCAGGACCAGAAGCCCCCCCCCCCAAGCGAAGCCUCCAGAGCCCAGGCUCCCUGCCCCGCCCCGCAGCGGGAGCCGACUGCAUGCCCGGGACCCAGCGGCCACACGCGGUUUGGUUUGCAGCGACUGGCCUACGUGGACGUGCCAGCGGCGUUUGUGACGCGAGCACUUUCCUUUUUCUACUUCACUGGAGCACAAUAAACGGCUGUUCGAUCACCCGG